AUGGUGGUUAAAGCACUGGAGAGAAGCAACGAUCGCAGAGGUACUUCAGUACCUGCUAUAAAGAGCUACAUUCUCUCAGCCUACCCCACAAUGAAUCCUAUCACUCUCAAGUACAGUCUAAAGAAAGCUCUGAGUGUUGGCCUUGAAAAAGGUAUUCUCAUCAGGCCUGCAAACUCAAAAGCAACUGGUGCUACAGGACGAUUCAAACUUGCAGCCAAAAGCACUGUGAAAGCUGGCGAGAACAGCAACCCCAAUGUAGGCUCUGCAAAAGCUGAUGUUAAGCCCAAAGUUCAGGCAACUGGAGCUGAUAAACAAUCGGAGGACAAGAAGCCAAAGAAGUCUGCAGAAUUUUCCAAAGGAAAAGGAGCAGUAUCUGCAAAGGCAUCAGGGAAAAGCCAAUCAACAGAAGUGAAGAAAGUGCCCAAGAAGUCAAUUGAUAAAACAUCAAAACCUGAAGGGAAGAAUGAAGUGAAUAAAAAGCCUAGUCAGCCUUCUGGAACUAGAACAACAGAUAAGGCUGUGAAAAAAAGUGGACUUUCAGAAGCCUUGCCAAAUAAAACUUCAAAAAAGUAG